UACCGCUUCCGGGGAAAUGUACGGCUGCUUUACGCGUUCCUUGUGGGACUGUGAAGGCUGAGAAUAUCCGGGCCGGGGGGUUCUUGCUUCGUGGGGUUAGGCGGCCGCUGCCGCCCCUUUGGUGAAGUGCAUCGGAUUCAGCGUUGCUCGAAGAGGUCCUUUCUUUAACCCUGGAGCAGAGGGAGAGUGCUGCCAUGGCGGCUCCUGCUCAGCCAAAGAAAAUCGUGGCCCCCACGGUGUCCCAGAUCAACGCGGAGUUCGUGACCCAGUUAGCAUGUAAAUACUGGGCUCCCCAUAUCAAGAAAAAAUCACCUUUUGAUAUAAAGGUCAUUGAAGAUAUAUACGAGAAAGAAAUUGUCAAAUCAAGGUUUGCCAUCAGAAAAAUAAUGCUCUUGGAAUUUAGCCAGUAUCUUGAAAAUUAUCUCUGGAUGAAUUAUUCUCCGGAAGUGUCCAGCAAGGCCUAUUUAAUGUCAAUUUGUUGUAUGGUGAAUGAGAAGUUCAGAGAAAAUGUCCCUGCAUGGGAGACUUUCAAGAAGAAGCCAGACCACUUCCCGUUCUUUUUCAAGUGUAUCCUGAAAGCAGCAUUGGCUGAAACUGACGGGGAAUUUUCACUCCAUGAACAGACAGUCUUACUGCUUUUUCUUGAUCAUUGCUUCAAUAGUUUGGAAGUAGACUUGAUACGAAGUCAAGUACAGCAGCUUAUCUCCCUCCCAAUGUGGAUGGGCUUACAGCCUGCACGAUUGGAAUUAGAAUUAAAAAAGACACCUAAGCUAAGAAAAUUCUGGAACUUAAUUAAAAAGAAUGAUGAAAAGAUGGAUCCAGAAGCAAGAGAACAAGCCUAUCAAGAAAGAAGAUUUCUUUCACAGCUCAUCCAGAAGUUUAUCUCUGUGCUAAAAUCAGUCCCACUUUCUGAACCUGUUACUAUGGACAAAGUUCAUUACUGUGAAAGAUUCAUUGAACUUAUGAUUGAUCUAGAGGCCCUACUCCCCACAAGGCGCUGGUUUAAUACCAUCCUGGAUGACAGCCACCUUUUGGUUCACUGUUCCCUUUCCAAUCUUGUUCAUAGGGAAGAGGAUGGCCAUCUUUUUUCCCAGCUUUUGGACAUGCUUAAGUUUUAUACUGGUUUUGAGAUUAAUGACCAGACUGGAAAUGCUCUCACAGAGAAUGAGAUGACUACAAUUCACUAUGAUAGAAUUACUUCCCUGCAGAGAGCUGCUUUUGCACAUUUUCCUGAACUCUAUGAUUUUGCCCUCUCAAACGUGGCAGAAGUAGACACUCGGGAGUCCUUGGUCAAGUAUUUUGGACAUCUUAGUUCAAAUACACUCCACCAGGUGGCAUCAUACCUCUGCUUGUUACCAACUCUUCCUAAAACUGAAGACACAACUUUUGAUAAAGAAUUUCUUCUAGAAUUGCUGGUAUCCCGUCAUGAACGUCGAAUUUCUCAGAUUCAGCAGUUGAACCAGAUGCCUUUAUAUCCAACUGAGAAAAUCAUAUGGGAUGAAAAUAUUGUCCCAACUGAGUACUAUUCAGGAGAAGGUUGUCUUGCUCUUCCCAAGUUGAAUUUGCAGUUUUUGACUCUUCAUGAUUACCUCCUAAGGAACUUUAAUCUCUUCCGCUUGGAAUCAACUUACGAAAUUAGGCAGGACAUCGAGGAUAGUGUCAGCAGAAUGAAGCCAUGGCAGUCUGAGUACGGUGGCGUAGUAUUUGGCGGUUGGGCACGAAUGGCUCAGCCCAUUGUGGCUUUCACUGUGGUUGAGGUUGCUAAGCCCAACAUAGGUGAAAACUGGCCCACCCGCGUUCGUGCCGAUGUUACCAUCAAUCUAAAUGUCAGAGAUCACAUCAAAGAUGAAUGGGAAGGCCUUCGUAAGCAUGAUGUAUGUUUUUUAAUUACUGUGCGUCCCACAAAACCAUAUGGUACCAAGUUUGACCGGAGGAGACCUUUCAUUGAGCAGGUUGGCCUGGUUUACGUCAGAGGCUGUGAAAUCCAGGGCAUGCUGGAUGACAAAGGACGUGUCAUUGAAGACGGACCUGAACCCAGACCCAAUCUUAGAGGAGAGUCAAGGACAUUUAGAGUGUUUUUGGAUCCAAACCAGUAUCAGCAAGAUAUGACCAAUACUAUACAAAAUGGAGCAGAAGAUGUGUAUGACACUUUCAAUAUAAUAAUGAGGAGGAAGCCAAAGGAAAAUAACUUUAAGGCUGUGCUGGAGACUAUUCGGAACCUGAUGAAUACUGACUGUGUGGUACCUGCCUGGCUGCAUGACAUCAUUUUAGGUUAUGGGGAUCCAAGUAGUGCACACUAUUCAAAAAUGCCCAAUCAGAUUGCCACCCUGGAUUUCAAUGAUACAUUCCUCUCCAUUGAACAUUUGAAAAACAGCUUUCCUGGUCAUAAUGUUAAAGUAACUGUGGAUGACCCAGCUCUACAGAUACCCCCUUUCAGGAUAACUUUUCCAGUAAGAAGUGGAAAAGGGAAGAAAAGGAAAGAGGUAGAUGGGGAAGAUGAAGACACUGAAGAGGCAAAGACCUUAAUAGUUGAACCUCAUGUUAUUCCUAAUAGAGGUCCUUAUCCUUACAACCAACCCAAACGUAAUACAAUUCAGUUCACUCACACACAGAUAGAGGCCAUCCGUGCUGGAAUGCAGCCUGGACUGACUAUGGUUGUGGGCCCACCAGGUACAGGAAAAACAGAUGUAGCAGUUCAAAUCAUAUCCAAUAUAUAUCACAACUUUCCAGAGCAGAGGACUCUGAUUGUUACUCAUUCCAAUCAGGCCUUGAACCAGUUGUUUGAGAAAAUCAUGGCUUUAGACAUUGACGAGCGCCACCUGCUGCGUCUCGGUCAUGGAGAGGAAGAGCUGGAGACAGAGAAAGAUUUCAGCAGGUAUGGAAGAGUUAAUUAUGUCCUGGCUCGAAGAAUAGAACUUCUAGAAGAAGUCAAACGAUUGCAAAAGAGUCUAGGGGUUCCAGGAGAUGCUUCAUAUACUUGCGAAACUGCAGGCUAUUUCUUCUUAUAUCAGGUAAUGUCUCGUUGGGAGGAAUAUAUCAGCAAAGUGAAAAAUAAAAGCAACGCAUCGCCAGAUGUUACAGAAGUCUCCACUUUCUUCCCUUUUCAUGAAUACUUUGCAAAUGCCCCUCAACCCAUUUUUAAAGGUCGAUCUUACGAAGAAGACAUGGAAAUUGCUGAAGGAUGUUUCAGGCAUAUUAAGAAAAUCUUUACUCAGCUUGAGGAAUUCAGGGCCUCUGAACUGCUGCGAAGUGGCCUGGACAGAUCCAAAUACCUUUUGGUGAAAGAAGCCAAAAUCAUUGCCAUGACCUGUACUCAUGCUGCCUUAAAACGACAUGAUUUAGUCAAGUUAGGUUUCAAGUACGACAACAUUUUAAUGGAGGAGGCUGCUCAGAUUCUGGAGAUAGAAACUUUUAUACCUCUUCUUCUGCAGAACCCUCAGGAUGGUUUUAGCCGACUGAAACGAUGGAUAAUGAUUGGGGAUCAUCACCAGUUACCUCCAGUCAUUAAGAACAUGGCCUUUCAAAAGUACUCAAACAUGGAGCAGUCUCUCUUCACUCGCUUUGUCCGGAUUGGAGUUCCCACUGUGGACCUCGAUGCCCAGGGGAGAGCCAGAGCAAGCUUGUGCAACCUCUACAACUGGCGAUACAAAAAACUAGGCAACUUACCCCAUGUGCAGCUCUUGCCCGAGUUUAGCACAGCGAAUGCUGGCUUGCUGUAUGACUUCCAGCUCAUCAACGUUGAAGACUUUCAGGGAGUAGGAGAGUCUGAACCUAAUCCUUACUUUUAUCAGAAUCUUGGAGAAGCAGAGUAUGUAGUGGCACUCUUCAUGUAUAUGUGUUUACUUGGUUACCCUGCUGACAAGAUUAGUAUCCUAACAACUUAUAAUGGGCAAAAGCAUCUUAUCCGCGACAUUAUCAAUAGACGAUGUGGGAGCAACCCAUUGAUUGGAAGACCAAAUAAGGUGACAACUGUUGACAGAUUUCAAGGUCAACAGAAUGAUUAUAUUCUUCUUUCUCUAGUACGAACCAGGGCAGUGGGCCAUCUGAGGGAUGUCCGUCGCUUAGUGGUGGCCAUGUCUAGAGCCAGACUUGGACUUUAUAUCUUCGCCAGAGUAUCCCUUUUCCAGAACUGUUUUGAACUCACUCCAGCCUUCAGCCAGCUCACAGCCCGCCCACUUCAUUUGCAUAUAAUUCCAACAGAACCCUUCCCAACCACUAGAAAGAAUGGAGAGAGACCAUCUCAUGAAGUACAGAUAAUAAAGAAUAUGCCCCAAAUGGCAAACUUUGUAUACAACAUGUACAUGCAUUUGAUACAGACUACACAUCAUUAUCAUCAGACCUUAUUACAGCUACCACCUGCUAUGGUAGAAGAAAGUGAGGAAGUUCAAAGUCAGGAAACAGAAUUGGAAACGGAAGAAGAGGGCACGCCUGCUCAAGCCGACAUAGCCAGUCUCACAGACAGCAGCUCCAGUCAAGACACGUUCACCUCUCAGCCUGAGGCCGCCCCCAGCCCGACUGAGACCGCCCCCGAUCAGACGGGGGCUGGUCUGCGUCCAGAAGCCAUCCCUGCGGUCUCCGAGGCAGCUGCUGCCCUGGAGGAACCUGAGGCCCCACCGGCAGAGGCUAACAGCCAUCGGGAUGCCACUCCUGCCCCAGAGGAGACCAAAUAGCCAAAGGCUAGCCUUUUUGAGGGAGACUUUUCAUUCACAAAGUCAAAGUAACUUUUUGUAUUUUAUAUUUGCUUUUGCCGUUUUAAAGCUAAUAAUUAAUGUUCAUUCCUUAUUUUUGUUAUCCGAUCAGUGCUCUUCUUGGAUAUGUUUGUAGAAAGUGUAUGUGUAUGAACAACGCCAAUUUUAUUUGUUCCAUCAGGAAGUAAAAUAAUCAUUCCUUUGACAUUUUCCCGAUUAACUGAGUGUAUCUUUAAUCAUACCUGCAUUAAAAUAAUUUUUUAAAACAUAUGUAAGACAUACGUUACAUUUCUAGUGAACUUCAAUAAGGGAAAAGAUAGAAUUCACUGGAAAUAAUAAGUGCCCCUAAGCAAGUGUUGAAAUUGGGGAGAAAAGAGUUUCUUCUCUCAUAGUAUCAGAUGCUCAAGUCGUCUUAAUUUUCUUUUAAACUUUGUUUCUUAAUGUAAAGGCAUUAACAGCCAUAGAAUAUAGGUUUUUCAAAUCCAUCAAAGAGAUUACAUGUAUUUCCUUCCCCAAAAUGCCCUAAUGGGCCCGAAUCGCCUAGGAUGUCUUACUUCUUCUUGGGGCCGCUCCAGAUCUAAUGAAUCGGAGUCUCAGGGUCAGGGCUCAGGAAUCUGUACUUCAGCAAGGGUUUCAAAUGUUUCAGUUGCAGGCAGAGUGGCCUCAGAUAAGCCUGGUGAGGCCGAGCCAGGAUUUGUCAUUCAGCUAAGCAAGCAGCAGCUGGCAAAUCCAUCUGGGCAGGAAGAAAUAUCCAGAGUCGAGGAAGUGAGAGCCAGUGACCUUUGCUCUAGUGUGCAGGAUAGGAUUCUCCAGGGCAUUGCAGAGGUUCUGAGUUUUCUGCCCUGUUGAGUUCUCUUGGGAGAUAACUAGCCACAGGAGAUGCUAGGACCUUGAUACUCAAGUGUGGUUUGCAGAUCAGCAGCAUCAUUGUCCAUUGAAGCUUGUUAGAAAUGCAGGCACUUGGGCUCUACCCCAGACCUAUUAAAUUUAAAUCCGCAUUUCCGCAAAGUCCCCAAGUGAUUCAUAAGCACUCUGUAGUUUGAGAAGCACUGUACUGAGAUUACUGUGCUCUCCUCACAUGAAUGGUGGUAGAGCGAUGACCUUCUGAUGGUAGAAUUGAGUGUCACUAAUGUUUCCUGACAAAGACCUCUGCGUAUAAGGCCCCUGCACAUGGUGGUCAGAAAAAGAGGUGAAUAUGCAUGUAAGGAGAGGGAGAAAUUGCCCUCUAGUUCCCUCUUCCUCACCUUGACAUGUGCUAGAGCAGCUAAGACAAGCAUUUCCCCAAAAUACCUCCUCUAGUACACGUACCUAUCAACUUGACCAUGUCCAGGGCACCUUUGAUGAAAUAAAUAAGAACUGCACACUGCCACUGAAACACUUCUGAUCCUGACAUUUUGAAGGAAUGAUCGAUUUAUUAGGAAAUUAAACCCAGAAAGUCAAGUCAAGGAUACAGUGUUUUUGAGUGACUAGUGUCUGCCCGCCUCUUCCAGGCUGUGGUGGAUAUGGUUCACUCAAC